AACGUUUUGGUACCGCUUCCUUUUAUAAAAUGGCGGAGCUUCGAUCGCGUAGCGUCGUUUGCUACUUUAUCGUUUUAUUCCAUUUUAUUUACUGUUAAAUAAGUUUUAAUGCUAAGCUAGUGUAAUUAGAAAUAAUGGAGGGUGUUUUAAGUGACGGUAUGUGCCGGUGUUGCGCGACCGAAGGCAGUUUCAAAGACUUCCAAGUGCCCUACCAAUGGAUGGGUGUUGAAGAAAUUUACGGCAAUAUGUUGAAGGAUUGCUUCGAUAUAACCCUGUCAGUGUCCGAGGAUAUCAACAAUGGCGGCAUAUGCGAGGUGUGCAUCACGCAGCUUCGCAAUGCGUGCAACUUCAAGCAGCAAGUGCAGAGGACUGAGGAGCAGUUCCAAAAGAAAAUGCAGGAGUCCAGUUUCAAGCCGGGAGGCAUCAAAAUGGAGAUUUCGCGCUUUGAAGAUGAAGACUCUAAUUUGUCAGCCGAUGACUUCUCCAGUCAGGAAUACGAAGUCCCUAUAAAGGUGGAGAAAGUCGAGGAAAAACCGAAGAAGCGUGCUGCGGCCAAGGCUUCCACCUCCAAGGCCAAGAAGACCAAGGUGUCUGAAGGAGAACCAUCAGUCAAACGUAAUCAACCAGUCCAUAUCAUGAAAGUGAAAGUGAAAGAUGAAAUAAAAUACGAAGCGAACGCUAAAGAGGAGAAAUAUAAAGCCGUGACGCAACGGCAAGGCCGACAGAGAAGCGAAAUGUUGAGCAAACAUUUGAUCAAUGCGAGAGAAAUAUUCACGUGGUCCAACGCGACGCCUAUACGGACCCAAAGUGACGCGGGCUAUUCCUGUUGUUACUGUGCCUUCAUAUACAAAGACCCGGCCGACUUGAAGAAGCACACCAAAGACACCCACAAAGGCAUAGAGGACUCCAACUUCAAUAAAAAACGAGAUUUAACCGCCUUCUGUGUCAAAACCGACAUCACAGACUUGCAAUGCCUUAUCUGCCGUCAGCCCAUUGAAAACAUUGACGUUCUGAUCAACCAUCUGAAGAACGUCCACAAAAAAAGACUGUUCACAGACAUAAAAAACCAUUUCAUACCGUUCAAAUUCGACACAAACAACCUUCGGUGUUGCAUAUGUUUCAAUCAGUUCCAGAAAUUCAAAGUGCUGUUGGAACAUAUGAACAGCCAUACGCGAAAUUUCGUUUGCGAAAAGUGUGACGCUGGGUUUAUUAACCAGAAAAGUUUGCGGGUGCACCAGGAUCAGCACGCAGAAGGGAAGUUCAAGUGUGCGUUGUGCGCGGAUGUGUUCAGUACUUUAGCUAAGCGGAAAUUACAUGUGAUAUCUGCUCAUAAGCCGGCCAAAUUUAGGAACAGAUGUAGAAUCUGUGACGAACUGUUUAAAGGGUACCACCAGAAGUUGAAGCAUAUGCGUGAAGUUCAUCAAGUGCAGAAGAUGCAUAAGUGUAGUGCGUGCGAACGGAUUUUCGCCACUCGGAAAUUGUACAGCAUCCACAUGCAAAGAGAUCACUUGAUGGAGAGACGACACAAAUGUUUAGUAUGCGAUAAAAGCUUCUUUGCGUCGACUUGCUUGAAAGAGCAUAUGAAAGUGCAUACUGGCAAAAGGGACUUUCAGUGCGAUGUGUGCUUGAAACGUUAUGGGAGGAAGAGUACGUUGCGCGAACAUAUGAGGAUCCAUGCGGAUGACAGGCGGUUUAAGUGCGAGUGUUGUGGGCAGGCGUUCGUUCAGAAGUGCAGUUGGCGGGGGCAUAUGCGUGCCAAACAUGGGCAGGACUGUUGAAAUAGCAGGACUAGUGAAUUUGAAAGCACAGCGUGACAAUUGCAAUCACGUCUGAUUGGCUGACGCUUCCUAUUGGUUAAAAUGCACAGCUUUUAUUGCGAUUGCAACAAUGUGAUAAUCAUCUUCAUUGCUAAUGGAAGAGUUUUGCUGUAGUAACUAUAGUAUGCGACAGGUUGGGAUAGCAACCGGGGUAGGGACGCCCCGCACACCCGCACAAUCCCCGUUCUAACCCGGUGAGGGUAGCGUGGGUGAUGUGUGUGCGUGCGGGGUGUCCCCCCCACCUCAUACCCCGAUCGCCAUCCGACCUGUCGCGUACUAUAAUAUAGUAUGCAUAAUAUUAUGUACAUGAGAAAAGUUAGUUAUGUUUUAUUGUAUGGGCACAUUUUUAGA